AACUAGCGCCACUGCACAUCAGAAGAAGAAAUUGAUGCUGGCAUUUGGCAAGAAAAAAGAAGUUUUUUGGGGCUUGGUCGGAUUGUUAUACACCGAAUAUUUCCAUUUCUUAACUUGUCAACCAUUUUCGGUUGGUAGUAUUUCAUUAAAGGUGGCUUUAUUAGUUUCAUUGGAAACCUGAAAUUCAAUCAAAGUGAAACGAUUUUGAUUGGUGAAGUAGAACCCAGUGCUAUCAACAUCUCCGGUGUAAACACCAGUGGACACAAGAACCUUUGACUGCAUUUCGUUCUGUCGUGUUUUAUUUUGGUCGUGUCGAUCUGAUCCUGAUAAAUUUUCAUCUUGUGCUACUUAUCAAAUCAUUAUUACAUGUGGUUGAAGUGAGUAGCCCCUUAUAUGGUAUCUUAGUUGUCAAUAUUGAGUGGCCAGUUAUCUGCAUGGAGUUUACAUAAAAAUAAUGAGAAAAACUCCCAAGAAUCGAAACACCGAAUUUCCACCUUCAGCUGCUGCUGCUGAGAGAUUAGCUGAUUACAAGGGUGAGGGGAAUCCACUUGGUGUGGCAAAUCUUACUUCUCCUGAAUUGGACAUUCAUCCCAUCCUACCACUAAGCGAAAUGCCCGAAGUGAACGAAGGAAAUCCUGUCCCGUCGUCUAGUUCCAGUUCCAAAGACAACAAGACUGGUUUUGCUAAGUCUCCACAAGCUCAAGCUCAUUGCCAACCAAGAGUCAUUGAAAAGAAGCUCUCUUCGGGCUCUUUAAGUUCUGGAGGCUGUGAUGGAGCGCGCCCGAAGGUGGUCACUGUUAAGCAUCCAGAAUCGAACAAACCCAAACCCACAGUUAAAAAGAACAAGCCAAUUCAAGCCGACCUGGAUGUUGCCAAAGAAUUUACUCGUUGUAAAGAAGAAGGAAAAUCACGACUGGACUUAUCUAAAUCAAGUGUGACUUUGCUACCUCCUUCUGUCCGGGAACUCACUCAUCUGACCGAAUUCUACCUCUACGGAAACAAGUUAGCAUGUCUGCCUCCCGAAAUUGGGUGUCUAGUAAACCUUUCGACAUUGGCACUCAGUGAAAAUUCCCUGACAGGCCUGCCAGAUAGUUUAGCAAACUUGCGCUGUCUACGCGUUCUCGAUCUGCGACACAACAAAUUGCAUGAUAUCCCUGACGUAGUUUACAAGCUACAUUCUUUGACUACACUCUUUUUGCGCUUUAACCGGAUCCGUGUGGUUGGUGACGAAAUUCGUCAACUCACUCAUUUAACCAUGCUGAGCCUUCGUGAAAACAAAAUCCGCGAACUGCCAGCAGGAAUUGGUCGGCUGACCAAUUUGAUCACCUUUGAUGUGUCCCACAACCACUUGGAGCAUCUUCCCGAAGAGAUUGGCAACUGUGUCCAACUAUCGUCACUGGAUUUGCAGCACAAUGAGCUCCUAGAUAUUCCUGAAAGCAUUGGUCAACUUCGUAAUCUCAAUCGACUGGGCUUGCGAUAUAAUCGUCUGACUAGUGUACCCAGAUCCCUGAGUAAUUGUGUGCAUAUGGACGAGUUCAACGUCGAGGGCAAUGCGAUUUCCCAUCUCCCUGAUGGCCUUUUGUCUUCACUCAGUCAGUUGACGUCCAUCACCUUUUCACGCAAUUCUUUUACCGCUUAUCCUUCUGGUGGACCGUCCCAGUUUAUAAACGUACAUAGCAUCAACCUGGAGCACAACCAGGUGGACAAAAUUCCUUACGGUAUAUUUUCCCGAGCCAAACAUUUGGCCAAACUGAACAUGAAAGAGAAUUUAUUAACGUCGUUGCCAUUGGAUAUUGGGACGUGGGUCAACAUGGUCGAACUUAAUCUCGGUACCAAUCAGCUUAACAAAGUCCCCGAUGACAUUGCCCUUCUUCAAUCUCUCGAGGUAUUGAUCCUGUCCAAUAACAACCUUAAGCGAGUGCCGAACAGCAUUGGGAAUUUGCGAAAGUUGAGAGUGCUAGACUUGGAGGAGAACAAACUUGAAACCCUGCCCAACGAGAUUGGAUUUUUGCGUGACUUAAAGAAACUGAUCGUCCAAUCGAAUCAACUCACUUCAUUGCCACGGGCGGUAGGCCAUCUUUCUAAUUUGACCUACCUGAGUGUAGGUGAAAAUAAUCUAUCCUACAUCCCGGAGGAAAUUGGGACGCUUGAGACAUUAGAAUCGCUUUAUCUGAACGACAAUCUGAAUUUGCACAACUUACCAUUUGAAUUGGCCUUGUGUUCCAGUCUACAGAUUAUGAGUAUCGAGAACUGUCCAUUGUCGCAGAUUCCGGCUGAGAUCGUGGGGGGAGGUCCAUCUCUAGUUAUUCAGUUCCUCAAGAUGCAAGGCCCUUAUCGUUCUAUGUAAAAAUGGGCAGAUCUAAUUCACUUUGAUCGCAUCCGUUAGAUUUUGCAAAAUGAAAAAAAAAGGCUGUCGCUAUAUAUCGCUCUCUCGAUUUCAAACCUUUCGCUCUUGUUCCCGAGAAAGAUCCAUCCUUCCUCCUCGUCAUUUUAUGGGCGACUACAUAAGUAUAUUAUGUGUGUUGUGUGCCAAUUUUGUCUCUUUAUUUCCUUUGAGAUUGAUUCUAACCAUUUCGUGAUGUAGCUUGAUAUGUUUUUUUUUAAACAUUUCUAUUAUUCUAACUUCGAAUGAAGUGGGAAAACGUGCGCAGAACUUGAUAUCUAUGGUAAUAUCUGUUCACCACAGUCCUCACAUCUAUAUACUAUUUUGACUGGCUAGGAAGCAUGUGUUGUGUUAAAAAAAGGGGGAAAAAACUAGCAAAUGGGGCGAGUGUUUUGCUCAAGAAAAAGUAGCACAUUUAACAAAAUAAAAAAAAAGCAGACAUCCUUUCGUGUGCCAGCAGAGCUUGGAAUUGCAUAUCGUGUUUGCCGAUUUCCUCAGCAUUAGACACCCAGCUUUUGCGGGUUAAAGCACACUAUACAUAGUUGUCCUGUUGAAGUGAGAAGUUGAGUCUAACUGACUAAUAGAAAAAAAGAAGAAACAUGAUUCGUAUUCCGAGUCGCCGUUUGACGUGUGCGUGUUUAAAAGUGCCCAGGUCUGACCUUCUGUCCCUACUCGACCACACACUGACACAAUUAAAUAAUUGUACACAGGAUCCUUUCCUCUUUAGUGUUCAAAUUCUUCAACUGUGUAUCAACGUUUGCUGUUUGCCAGAUGCUACUCGUUUAUAUCCCUCUGAUGUUGAAACAUUAAAACAAUUCAAAUUUAAAAAAAAAUGUAGUUACGUGUUUGUAUCUACUAUUAUUCCAAACUGGUAUAUACACAUGUUCAUGAUUC